CACUGCGGCGGCCCCGCUGGCGUCGCUUUAAAGGGGCCGCGCUCGCGGCAGCGCCGGCGGCGGCAACGGGCACGGAGCGGCCCCGAACCGGCCCCGAACCGGCCCCGAACCGGCCCCGAGCCCGGGCUGCCCCCGCGCCGCCCCCGCACGCUCCGGCACCGGGGCGGACCGGGCGCUCCCGGCAGGUUCCGACCCGCGCUGGCCCGGGAUGCUGCCGGCAUGAGGAGGUGCUGCCAAGCCCUGGGGCUGCCGUGCCUGUCUAAGCAGGGCUCGGCCAUGGCUGGAGCGCGCUCUCCGCGGUUCCUGCUGGUGUUUGACUUUGACGAGACCAUCGUGGACGAGAACAGCGACGAUUCUGUGCAGCGGGGCCGGGCGCUGCCGGCGGAGCUGCGGCAGAGCCCCCGCGGCGGCUCCUACAACGAGCACAUGCAGCGCGUCCUGGCCUUCCUGGGCGAGCAGGGCGUGCGCCCCGCCGACUUCAGGGCCGUCUACGAGAACAUCCCGCUGGCCCCCGGCGUGGCCGAGCUCUUCCAGUUCCUCUCCAAGCACCGCGAGCUCUUCGAGCUGGUGCUCAUCUCCGACGCCAACGUGUUCGGCGUGGAGGCCAAGCUGCGGGCGGCCGGCGUGCGCUCGCUCUUCCGCAAGGUCUUCAGCAACCCGGCCGGCGUCGACCGCCGCGGUUUCCUCACGCUGGGGCCCUACCACAGCCACAAGUGCCUCGAGUGCCCGGCCAACAUGUGCAAGAGGAAGAUCCUGAGCGAGUACCUGGCGGAGAGGGCGAGGGAGGACGUGGAGUUCCAGCGCGUUUUCUACGUGGGGGACGGCGCCAAUGAUUUCUGUCCCUCGGGGAUGCUGAGGGCGGCGGACGUGGCUUUCCCCAGGAAGGGUUACCCCAUGCACAGGCUGAUCCAGGAGAGCCGGGAGAAGCAGCCCGGGGCUUUCCAGGCGGCCGUGGUGCCGUGGGAGUCGGGCGUGGAGGUGGCGCGGUACCUGCAGGAGCUGCUCAGGAGGAAAUGCUGAGGGCAGGCGGCUCCCGGGAUCUCCCCCCGCCUUUCCCGGCUCCGUUCCCUGGGGAAUAAAGCACUUUCCGCGGGCUCCUGGCCCUGCCCGGCCGCGGCACGGCCGGACCCUGCGCCGGCGCUGGGGCUGCUGCGCUGCAGCUGUCGCGUCCUUUCCCUUCUGGCCUCGAAAGAGAAUUCCCGAAAAUCCAGAAGCCGCCUCCCCGUGGGGCGGGCACGUCCCUGCUCCUGCCGUCCCCAGCCCGGCCCUGGAUCCUCCCCCCUUCCUGAUCCCACCGGGAAUUCCGGCUGGGAAAUCCCUGGCCCUGGGCUCCCUCCCGCUUCCUGAAGGGGGAUCCCACUGGGGGAUCGUCCCGGGCUGCGGUGUCCCCGUGGUGUCCCCAGGGUGUCCCCAGGGUGUCCCCAUGGUUCCCGUGGUGUCCCCAGGGU